UUUUUCCUGUGGUUUUGUACGACCGCAGUUCUUUAACCCCGUUUCCUGCUGUUAAAGUUUGGAUCAAAAGGGUUCUCAGACUGUGCUGCUGUUGAAAAGGAAGGUGUUAGACCCCCUGAAGAUCUUGCUUUGCCUUUCAGGGCAGGCCAUGGAAAUACUUCUCUGGAAAGCUACCAGACUUCUGUCCCAGCUUUCUCUGGGUACCUUUAAAACCAGGAAGGAGUCUUAUGGAUUGGAUUCGGCUAACUAAAAGUGGGAAGGACUUGACUGGUUUGAAAGGGAGGCUGAUUGAAGUGACUGAAGAUGAGCUCUCUAAACACAACAAAAAGGAGGACUGCUGGAUAUGUAUAAGAGGAUUUGUAUAUAAUGUCACACCAUACAUGGAAUAUCAUCCAGGGGGUGAGGAUGAACUAAUGAAAGCAGCAGGAACUGAUGGUACAGAUCUCUUUGAUCAGGUUCAUCGUUGGGUCAAUUAUGAAUCAAUGCUGAAGGAAUGUCUUGUUGGGAGAAUGGCUGUCAAGCCUAUUGCUGCUCCAAAAGAGAUUUCUUCUGCUGUGUCUGAAGACAAGAAACAGCUUAAUGGUGUGCUUCCUGAGAAGAAAGUACUGGCUUCUUCUGCUAAAGAUUUAGGUCCGAGUUAUGACUGGUUCCAAACAGAUAGUUUGGUCACAAUUGUCAUAUAUACUAAGCAGAAGGAUAUGAAUGCAGAGUUGGUGAUAGUUGACUGUCAAGGCAAACGAUUAAGGGGAGAGAUCAUCAUCGAUGACCACUCAUAUCUUGUAGAAGUUGACUUGGAUCAUGCAGUUUCAGAAGAUGUGGCUGUAAAUAUUGCUGAAAAAGUAGGGAAAGUAGAGAUUAUCUUAAGUAAAAAGGAUAACAUUCAUUGGAAAAUGCUGGGACAGCCCCGGGAAGGUCAUAAUACCUUUGUCAAACGCACAGACAGAGGACUGUUUUACAGAAAAUGCAAGUUGGUUUCUAAGACAGAAGUUACCCAUGACACCAGACUCUUCUGCCUAAUGUUGCCUAAGGGCACACAUCUCCAUGUUCCCACUGGACAACAUGUUUACCUCAAACAAAUUAUUGCAGGGACAGAGGUAGUAAAACCAUACACACCUGUAUUGCCUUUUUUGCCACUGGAUUUCCAAGAACCACCUCGCCAUAAUGGUGUGCAUAUAUAUUUAAUGAUUAAAAUUUAUUCCCGUGGACUGUUCACACAGGCACUUGACCACCUACAAAUUGGAGACUAUAUUUUUGUCAGCAAUCCUGAAGGCAACUUCAAGAAGUCGCAAGUUCAAACUUCAGAAGACCUCAUUUUAUUGGCAGGAGGCACAGGCUUCACACCAAUGGUUAAGCUGCUGAAUUUUGCUCUGACUGAAGCUAGCUGUCUCAGGACAGUGAAGCUGAUCUUCUUCAACAAAACCGAGGAUGACAUACUUUGGAGAAACCAACUAGAGCAGUUAGCUCUUAAAGAUGAAAGGUUUGAGGUUCAAUUCAUUCUUUCACAACCAACAAAAGACUGGGUAGGUAAACAGGGGAAGAUUUCUUCAUCUCUUCUCUCUGAGUUGGUGAAAAGAAGCAGAAAAGACUCCAAAGUGCUUAUCUGCAUCUGUGGUCCAUCGCCUUUUACAGAACAAGGAGUACAAUAUCUGAAGGAUCUUGGAUACUCCCAAGAAGAGAUACACACUUUUACUGCAUAAACCCAUAUGAGGAUAUCAAUGUUUAUUUGUAUAAUUCAGUGUUAUUUAUUUAUCUUCAUGAAUUUAAAUAAGUGAGAAACAAUUUUGUAAGACUUGAAAUUUCACUCUUGGUACCAAACUGUUUCUUGGAAGACAUGUAUCUUUGAAAAAAGUUUUAUACUGUGUUUUAUCUUCUUUUUGUAAAUAUUUUUGCUAAUAUUUAAGUCAUCCAGGGUAUUAAUUUAUUGUAGAGGCAAGCAAAAAAGUAUAGUAUACAUUAUGUCUGGUGUUUCAUGUUGUUGGUUCAUGAGAAUUCUUAAAUUUACGACAAGCUCUGAUUAAGGUUUUGACUUGAUAAAGCUUAUUAUUUCUUACUGUAAAAAGUCCUAAGAGCAAUACUGUCUGAAAUUAAAUAUUGCACUGUAACUCAGGUAAUCGGUCAUUGAAAAAUUUCCCUUUUCAUCUGAUGUCUCUGUUUGACGUGCAAGUGAUCCAGAUGCAUUUUUGGCUUUGUAAACGAAGAAAAGUACCUUUGGUAAAAUAUAAAAUUUAUAUCAAAUAAAAAAAUAAUGAUUUUACAUUA